AUGCAUUCCGAUGCACACCGAUCGAAAGAUCGGCGGCCACGGCGCCAACACGGACCGGACAGCUGUCAGGGAGGGAACGAAACCAUGGAACGGACCCCAAACCACCAUGGAACCAUCAAAGGGCCAGCAUUUAAGCAUAAACACAGUAGCGCCCACCUAGCAGUUCCUAACCACUGGUUCUCAAUGGAGAUUGCCGCUGUCAGAUAUGCGCCCUGGACUGGGUUUUGGCUUUAA